AGGCUCGAGAGGCUCGAGGCACCCUCGCGGCGCGCCUCCCCCUCGGCCCGCCGCACCCCCUCCCGGCGCGGGGCGCGAUGCUGCUCCUGCGCGCGAGCCAGCGGGCGACCGCGCGGCCCCGCGGGCUGCGGGCCGUGGCCUCUUCCGCCGUGCGCCUGGGAGGCUCUCCGCCCUUCCUGCACAUGCCCCCGCCCCCGCCGCAGGAGUUCGAGCCGGACGGGACGCCCAAGAAGUACCCCCUGAUGCAGCCGAUCUGGGACCACGGCUACGAGUGGGAGCACUGGGCGCUGCUGCCGGCCGGCUGCUUCCACACCGUGUACUACGGAGAUUUCGCGCAGGACUACCCUCCGUAUUGGGCGUGGUUGCAGAAGUAUCCCAUGUGGGUUGUGACGCCCUGGCUCGUGCUGUGGUCGCUGGUUACCAUGGUCAUCUUUCAGAACGCCGGGUCCGUGGGCAUCAGGCCCAAGCGCUACACGGUCGAGUGGCUGCAGGCCACCAAGGAGCGCGAGCGCAUCGAGAACACCAACCCGGUCACGCGCUACCUCGACCGCCGCCGCACGGAGCGCGGCGGCACUUGGAUCGCGCAGUACAAUUUGCCGUGGCACCCGUACUGGAUGUGGAUGUCCAACACCCACGAUCCGGAUUUCCCGGAGUACAAUGUGCCUGGCACCCCGUUCUGGGGCAUGGCAACUGGCUUGAGCAAGGAGGACACAUUCCGCAUGGAGAAAACCUUCAGGAUGGACGCCGAGGACGAGUGAGCGCUGCAGUGAUCGCCGCAGCAUCCACUUGUCCAGCUAACCUUUGGGGACUCUCCUUCCGACCACCGUCCCGAUCUGCCCACGCCGUCCCCCGUCGGCCUUGUGUAGAAGCUGGCCCGCCCUCGAGGAAGGCUUCCACACCAGAGCAUCGACGGAUGAUCAUCGGAAUCGUGGUCCGAACGGGGGUGUCCUGAUCGUAUCUCUCCUACUCCCCUCCCAGUGCUUCUCACGGUCCAAAGUCCGAGCGCUCGCACGCUCGCACGCCCUUGGGCUCCGGUCUGCUGCCAUUUGCCCUUCCACAUUUGUGAGCCCUCGCACGUCGCCGGGCGGUUCCGCGCAAAAGGUGAAUGGGAAGAGUCGAGGCUGGAGCGGUUGC